UAUCUCAUUCAAUAUUCACAAACGAAUGAAACUGAAUGGGCCAAUGCGGAUAAAUUACGAAUUGAAGUCGCUGUUCCACCACCGACGCUACUCUCGUUGCCGAAUGUGAUUAAUUCGAAUGAAGAUAUACAUUCACUUUUGGAUACAUUGGGUUAUUUCAUACAAAUCGAUACAUCGACAACAGAGUCUCAACCAUUAUUACAAAUAAAACGUCGUUCCGUUGCUGUUCUAUGUGAAAUAUUGAAUGAGAAACGAAUUGUCGAAAUUUUUAUGCAAAAACCGUAUGCAUCUACCAUUGCCAAACUAUCGAUAUCUGAAAAGAAUCGUUCACCACCAAGCGAUUUACGUCUGUUCAAUAGACAACAUUUGGAACGGUACUGUUUAAGUUUAGAAACAUGUGAACCAUUGAAAGAAAUCGCUGAGGAUAAUGAUACGGAAAAAGAAAUCACCAAUGAUGAAGUUGAUGGUUCAUUUUCGAUCUGGAACCGGGUUCCAGUUGAUCGUAAUCAACUCAUUGUUGAAGCUCUAACAACAAAUUCGAUGAUUUACAACGGAUGGAAACCAUA